AUAGAUUCUUAGGAGUUUAAAACUUUGUAAUUGGAAAGUUCGGAAAUUUCCGAAAGUUUUCGGAAUCUAUUGUGAUCACAGGCUUAGGUUACCGACUGUAUAUCUCCGUAUAUACCCGUGCAUCGUGUGUAAUGUUGGGAUCAGUUGCUGCAGCUGGUGCUUGGAUAAGAAAGUUCAAGGAGUAUUAUGUUGAAUUACAAUCCCUGAGGGAGAAGAAGGUUCAUCAAGAGAGGAAUCUGAAUGGUAAAUUACAAUCCCUGAUGGAGUUGGAGGUUCGUUUAGAGAGGUUGACAGAGAAACACAUUGCCGAAGAUAUACAAUUUAAAGCGAUGCUAUUGGCCCUGGAGAAACUGGUUAGAGUGGAUGAGCAGCUAGAGGAGCGUACGGAUAGAGUGCGUAAGCGGCUAAAGGAUCUGAUGAAUGAGCAGGAGAAGGAGAAGGAGAAUCCAAUGGAGAAAUGAUAACUAAUGACUCUCUUUCCAAAAUUAUGCUUUCCUACACCCUAAACCCUAAACUUGGUUGGUUGUUUGUUUGCCCUAAUUAUUUACUAAUUAGAUUUAGUGUGUACCGACUCGGAUAUGGAAAUUUUAUUAAUUUUAGAUUUGGUUCUAUUGUUGCGAUUACGUGCUUUUGUUUUUUUGUAAAUUG